AUGGAAUUAAUACACUUGUUUUUUGUUUUUUGUUCAUUGUUCAAUGUUCCAGCCUCCAGGAUAACAGAAAAUGGGGGACACAACUGACCCAACUGAUCCUAAUUAUGAUCCGUUUAAAGACCCUAAACGGAAGGCCAAGUCAACUGACCCGGGAUGGAAAUACGGUUUCUGGCCUGAUUUGAACAAUAAAAAUGUGGUGCAGUGCAACCUUUGUAAAAAAAAUGUGUGUUCAGGGGUAAGAAGAUUGAAGCAGCACCUUGCGGGAGGAUAUCCGGAUGUAGCAAUGUGUUUGAAAACUACAACAGCAAUUCAGAAAGAAAUGAAGGAGUAUAUUGAUAAAGUUGCGAAGAAGCCGGUGACAAUGGAUGAUGAUAUGAAUGUUGACGAUGAUGAGGUUCCAGUACAAGCUGCAUCUACUGCUGCCUCUAAUAUGCGCAGCCAGGAGGAAACAACAUCUAAAAGGAAGAAUGUUUUCCAAAUACCAGCAACAAAAUCAGCCAAGUCGAUAUCUUCUAUGAUCCGAAAGACACCUGAAGAAGUAGUUGAGGAGAGACACAGCAAGGGUCCAUCUCAAACAACUAUUGAAAACUGCACAAAAUCUGAAGAAGAGAAGGAUAGAGUGAAAAUGCAUAUAGCCAACUUUUUCUAUGAAUGUGGCAUACCAUUCAAUGCUGCAAACUCUAGGAGUUAUGAGAUUAUGGUUGAGUCUAUUGGGCAGUUUGGACCUGGUUUAAAGCCGCCAAGCUAUCAUGAGUUGCGGGUUCCACUACUUGAGAAAGCAAAGAAAGAGACAGACAAGCUAAGGGAAAGACACGAAAAAGCUUGGAGGCAGUAUGGAUGUACACUAAUGUCUGAUGGAUGGUCAGAUAAGAGGGGGAGACACUUGAUUAAUUUCCUUGUAAACAGUCCAGAGGGGACCUUUUUCCUCAAAUCAGUUGAUGUUUCAAGUGAAAUUCAGGAUGCUGUUAUGUUGGCAAAUCUGUUUGAAAAACAGAUUGAUGAGAUUGGAAGAGACAUUGUUGUUCAGGUUGUGACAGACAAUGGUGCUAAUUUUAAAGCCGCGGGAGGAUUAUUAUGUCGCCGUAUUCCUACACUUUAUUGGACUCCUUGUGCCGCACACUGCUUAGACCUAAUGUUAGAGGAUAUUGCCAAGUUGAAGGAGUUUGAUUCAACCAUCACACAUGGCAGAAAUAUAACCACCUUUGUGUAUAGGCAUGGUCGACUCUUAAGUGCAAUGAGGGAGAAGACAUUAGGGAGAGACCUUGUGAGAACAGCAGCUACAAGAUUUGCUAUGGCUUUCCUCACACUACAAAGUUUACACAAAAAUAGGGAGGCCUUGAGAGCAUUGUUUGGUGGUGUAGAGUGGUUCAAUUCUAAGUUGGUUAAAACUGUUGUCGGAGGAAAAGUGCAUGAUGCUGCUCUUUCAACAAGGUAA